UCCUGGUUAGGUGCAGCAUGGCGGACAUGCAUGCUAUGAUCCAAAACAAACUCCAGCAUAUUUGCUGUUAGUCAACGUUAAGGAUAUUUCAAUCCGAUUAAGGGACGUGAUCGUAAUUGAGACUGGAUAUCGGAUGUCCUUAAAAAGCGCAAUAUGGACGAGGGGAAUAAACUUAAACUACAGUUCCCGUCCCUUCCCGUGUCCAAGGAGGACCAACUGGACUGGUUGUAUCCGAUGCGAAGAGAGAUGCAGGAAAUUCUCCCUGGCCUGUUCCUUGGUCCCUACUCAGCUGCAAUGAAAAGCAAGCUCUCCAUACUGGAGAAGGAGGGUAUAACUCACAUUGUGUGUGUCAGACAAGAUAUUGAGGCCAACUUCAUCAAGCCAAAUUUUCCCCUCAAAUUUAGAUACCUCGUUUUAGAUAUUGCAGAUAACCCUGUGGAAAACAUAAUUAGAUAUUUUCCAAUGACAAAAGAAUUUAUCGAUGGAUGUUUGGAGACUGGAGGAAAGGUUCUUGUUCAUGGAAAUGCGGGGAUAUCUAGAAGCGCUGCCUUAGUUAUUGCUUACCUUAUGGAAACAUUUGGGGUGAAAUACAGGGAUGCCUUCAACCAUGUUCAGGAGAGAAGAUUCUGCAUUAAUCCUAAUAUGGGCUUUGUGCAUCAACUACAGGAAUAUGAAGCAAUCUAUCUUGCUAGGCUAACCAUCAAAAUGAUGUCACCUAUUCAGCUGGGUCGCUCUUUUUCAAUCCAAGCAGGAAUGCCAGGAAGUCUAAAACGAACACUAGAGGAAGAUGAUGAUUUUGGAAAUAUGCAGGUUCAGGCAGCACAGAAUGGAUAGGCUGUGGACGCCCGAGUGCUUAGGGGCCAUGGUGUUUUUGUUUUCUACAUUUUUAUGUAGUUUAAAAAUGUAAAUACUAGAACUUUUGUAAAGAGGGUUGGGAGCCUACUCCUCAAGAUGGGAGUGAAUUUGAUUUCUUCUUGGGUUUUUUCUUUGUUUCAUUUUUGUUUUUUUUGAGCCAUAUGCACUGAAGGUUUUUUGCAGUUUUAUAAUAUUUAACGCAUUUUGCAUUUGCAGCGGGACAGUAUUGCAAUAAUGCUCUUUUGAUACUUGAACUUUUUUUUUUUUUUUGGCUGAACAGAUUGAAAGGGGGAAAGUGUGUCUGCUGGGGAGAGGGGAAGGAGAUAUGUGGUCAAAUAGGAGAAAAGGCUUAAAAUAGAGAAAUGCUUGCAAGGGAAUUAACAACCUACUCAAUAAAAAGAUGGCUGAAUUGUUUAA